CCCACAACUCACGCACCGCACUGCUCUUCCCAAGCAACUUUUCUCCCACACGCAGGCAGACCAUACUCCAAAACUUUGUUCCUUGGAACAGCAUGGCUUCUCUAGAGCUCCUAGAUGGGGAACACCUGCAGCCGCUGCGUCGAGCCAUCACCAACUGCCUGGCGACGUCCGCCGCCGAGUACGCGUAUACUCAAAUACUGGACGGACGGCCCACCUCAUAUGUCUUUGGGGGCGAUCAUUACAUGGAACCUCGUUGGCCGAUAUAUAAACAUAAACAAAUAUGUCCAGGCUUUCUAGACAAAGCAAAAGCAUUUCGGUCAGACUUUGACGUGCUCUCUUUGAAAUUCGAGGCCAAGACCCUCCAGGCAUAUCAAGAUGCAAAAUGCAACUCUGUCGCCUGGAAACUGCGUCUGAUCGAGCUGGUCGUGGUUGCCUGCCACGACAUCGCCAUCUUCCUGUACAAGAUGGACGACGGCGCUCACAAGCACGCAGAGCAUGAGGCGUGGCUUGCCAAGCAGCGGGAAAAGUAUCUCAACAAGCGGUCGACGAAGCGGAUGGUGUUGCCCCCUCGGUCGCUGUUCUGGCAUGGAAUGUUCAGAGACCACAAGCGCUACCCAAACGGCGUGGCGGAGCUUGCCGGAUACUGGGCGGAGGGUCAGAUCUUUGGGGGCGCCGUAAUGUUUGAUCGUGGCGAGAGUGGCGAAGAGUGUAACGGCAUGUACAUAUAUAAUCCGGUCCGCUACCACACAUUCGCACCGCCCACAGAAGAACAAUUCAACCAACUGGUAGAAUUCCUCGUAUCUCCGGACCCAGACCACAGCCGCUGCCCGAUUCCAAUCAAAGUCACGCCCGACAACUGGUGGCGCUGGGAUCCCAUCCCGGCCAUGACGGAGCACAAUAUCUUCAGGAACAGGUACGAAGUCCCGGACGAGCACUACACGCGCAGCCGGAGACAAGUCAUUACUGACUUGACCUGGCCCGAGUCUGCCGAGGACGCGGAGGCGGUGGAGCGGGCUGCCAGGAAGGCUGCCGGCGAGCCGUAUGACGACUUGCCCUCCCCGCUCCCGGGUGACACCAGGUGGCUCCAGAUCACGCCUACCUCUUUCCUUUGGGAUGAACGCAAGGACGCGAUUUGUGCCCUGGAGCCUGACAAGAAGAAGCAGGGCAGGCCGCCUUAUUUCUUCGAUCCUUGAUCGCUUGGGAUACUUCUUGCUGGCGUGGCGGUAUGGUAUUUCGGGGUGAGCUAUGCAAGGUGGGCAGAGAGACAGGCAUAGAUGAGAAUUUAUUGAGACAGAUGUGUCCCACCAACUUGAAUCAUACAUCCUUGGUACGUAGGUAACUUCAUUCUUGAUUAAACACUGCAUUAAGUUUUCUUGAGUCUUUAAAACAUAAGAUCACCAACAGAUAUCUCGUCAAAACGUCAGCUAUUAGGCAUAUCACUCAUACACGAUGAUUAUGAGAGUCCAAAAUGCACAUUUAUUCACAACUGGCAUGAAAACCCCUCAUCUAAUCAUCAUCUAUGGAAACGUGCGAGAAAGGUUGAGCGAGUAAUUAACCCUUGCGUCACCGGCCUUCAAUUUAAGUUCAUCCCUGUCUCUGUCUUCGUCCAAAACUAGACAACCCCCAACGUUCAAGCCAUGCUACACAAAUAUAAAAAAGCAACAGCAUGCAAAUUUACCGAGAUCAAACAAAAAAAAAGGCAAAAGAUACUUUGAACUAGACCUGAUUCCCUCUUGAUACUAGAAGCAGAGCUGGUGCC